AUGGAAGCAGAGGCAGAGCUUCCAGAAUCUGUUGCCUGGCACCUCCGGAGCCUCCCGGCAUCUGCGGAAGCUGCCGCGGGCUGGAGACGGGAGUUGUUCAUGGAGUACUAUUACGUCGACUACAACACGAAGUGUGUAAAGAAUUGCUCCAACGCCUCAGCGUACCCAUCUGCUGAUAGCAACUGUGGCGAUCUGGCCAACAAGAAGGACUGCUGGUGUUCUAAAGAGCAGACCAAGCAGGAAGGCUGCUACUACACGGAAAGCCCAGCCAACAACUUCAUUGCUCUCCGAGACUUCGAGGAAGGGCACCACCUCCUGUACUCGGAGUUCCAGACAGGCGAGCUACAAAAGGAGCCGAUCGAGUUUGACAACGUGGACUUUGUAGAGCUUUACAACAUCACCAGUGACCCCUGGCAGCUGCGGAACUUGAUCAGCAAGACUGGGGAGGCUGCACAAGCGGCCAUGCAUCAACGGCUGCGUGACUGGUACAGGUGUCACGGAGCCAGCUGCCCUUGA